CGGUUUCCCGUUGAGAAAUGUUUAGUAUACGGACUCUUCGUCUUCAAAACUGUGUCAAAUCCAGUAUGACCAAUUCAUCGACGAUAAUGGGCUGUUUAUUUCGUGUAAUCUCAAGAUCUCUUGGCGUGAACAAUUGUGGCUUGUCGGAAGAUUCGUACCUUUAAAUGGGUACUCUAUUUCAUUCACGUAGACACGGAAUGUGGGUACAUUAGUAAAGAAUUUGCAAUGUUUUCUUCUUUUUAUUUCCAAAAAUAACGGGUCACACCUAAAACGAAAGUUGAAGUCUAUGGAAUAGUUUACUUCUCUCUUAAAAGAAAGAACAUCAUUUCCAUCUUGCCUGACUUUUUGUUGACAUGGCUAACCGUAGGAAGAAAAAUGCACCGUUCCACGUUCCUAUACCCUCCCCUCAGCUUGGUGUACGACCUGUCGUAUAUUCCGCAGCCUCUCCCUGGAACACCAUAACCAAUUCAUCAUCACAAGCGCACCGUCAACGCACGCAGCUUUCUUACCACAGUUCUGACGUCAGUGAUUUCAGCGGACGGUUUACUGACAAUGUAUUUUCUCGUCGUUCACCCGAAUUUGCUAAUCAUCUCAAGUACCAACCUAGGUCAGAGCCACAGAGGAUCCUCCGAUCAGGGUCUGCUAAUUCACUCCAGUUGCUUGAACAGAUUGUGAAUCGCCAGGAUCUGAUUCGCAAAAAGAUGCGAGGUGCAAUAACGGAAUGGAAAAUCGUUGCAAAAGACAUUCCGAAACCCGGAAAGAAGAUCUCUGUGAACGACCAGAUGAAACGAAUCAGAGGACUCUGUCACGACAUAGAUCAGCAUCUCCGUGGAUGGAAGGACGAAAUAUACAGGCUUACUGGAAGACGCGUGACAAUGAGUUCUCAUAAUUCAUCAAUGGAUGACAAUGAUUUGAAAGAGACUGCCUCAAAGCAGACGACAGUGAGCCAGAAUCAAGGGAAUGAGUUGAAGAAUUUAGAGAAAUGUCUUCAAGAUUUCAAAAAGGAAAACAGUAAAUCAAAAGAGAAGAUUGCUGCUCUUGAGGGAGAUUUGAGAAAAGUGAUACAAGAAAAAGAAGAGUUGUUGACGAGAUUAAGCCAAAUAUCAGGAUCAAGACUGACUGAUGGUAAUGUGCAAUUUACAGACCUAAACACUCAGAACAGGCCAACCAAAAUUGCCGAGAACUUUCGAGAGCUGUAUAACGAUGAAUGGAUGGAAGCACUGGAAGUGUUGCCGAAUGACAGCCCCGAUGCAGAAAAGAAGUCAAUUUCUACAUUAUUAUACAUUGUACAGUCUUCGUUUGAGUAUUGUUCAAAUGAAAGUAAGAAGAUGAAUGACAGAUUGGUGUCUGCUGUAUACGGUGAUGGAUUACAAUCAAGCGAGUUAAACGACGAGAGCAAAAGGUUGAUUCUGCAACUGCAAAAAUCAACAGCUGACGUGAUGGCAUCCGGAAUAGCUCAAAAAUUUUGCAGUGUUCUGGAUAUCGACGAAAAUUUCGAGCAUCCGCUACCUGCAAGUGUUAAGGAGUUUGCUGAGGGGUGUGCAAAGGUCACGUGGUGCAUGGCUGUUCAAUCACCACCUAUGCACAUUGUUUGCAAUGGCAGCCCUGGGUCAGAGUUGGAUCGUAAUUUGUUUUCAGAAUACACCCAGCAAGGAGAGAAGUUAGACUUUAUUGUUUGGCCUGCAGUUUUGAUCGAAAAUGGCGGUGCUUUGUUAUCAAAAGGAGUUGCACAACCCCUGAAGAAAGCUUCCUAAAUGUUGAAUGCAUAUCUGCCAUCAAAACUUUCUUGGGUUACGGAGUUUCUUAUGUAAAUUCGGAAAUCAAAAUGAUGGAAUAUAUGUUUGCUGUGUAUACGUACAUAAUAGAUAAUUGAUUAUUUUUUAACAAUAUUAUUAUUUUAUUUAUCAAACUCACACGAGUCAAGUAAAAUGACUGUUGUCUUGCACCUGAAAACUUAUUUUGCGAAAAAUGCUAGCGUGUUACAGAGAAACUUAAUUAUAGUAAAAAUGUUACAUGUC